CCCAGGACCCUGGGAUCAUGACCUGAGCUGAAGGCAGACGCUUAACUGACUGAGCCACCCACGUGCCUUAAGUGUGUUGUUUGAAGCCACUAUAUUGGUGAUAAUUUGUUACAGCCCGAACAGGGAACUAAUGCCUAUCACCAUCUCUCCCCCAAAACAAGGGGCGAAGCAGCGAGAGGGGCUUCCAUGGCACCAAUCAAAGCACUAGAUGUUUAUCCCCAAUCACUAGGGAGACUCAGUGAACUGAAGUCUGACUGCUCUGUGGGAAAUCAGAAAUGCAGACUCUGGGCUGGCUGGCUGCUCCAUGCUGGGGACCAAGGAGAGGGCUGUGCUGGAAUCAGCCGGCGGUCUUCUUGUAGUUGGAACAGAGGAUGUAUGAGUGCUUCCUAUGUGCCACUCAGCCAGCGAAGGGCUCAGUAGAGAGGAAGAUUGCAGUGGACCAGCGGAUUCCUAGGGCUGCAGGGGGGAUGAGUGACCCCCCAGAAUCCAGUGUAGCCUCCUGGAUCCAAGGGACUGCCUGGAUUGAGGAAGGAAAGGCAAACACCAGGGGUUGGCCAGCUGAGAAGGAAGGAGAGGCAGAGCAAGAGGGAGGAAGGACCAUGUCUUCUGCCCAUCACCCCAUCACAUUGUGGCCACCGGUCACGGCAGGCCCCAGCCGGGAGGAGAUGUAACAUUAUAUCAACUUCCAGUGAGCACAGUGACCACUUUUCCAUGGCCUAAGAGUUCUCUGAACAAGUCACAAGACCUGUCUGAAUUGUUCUCCAGGGACAAGGGAAGGAAGCUUGCUUCCCCUUGAGCAGGUUUAAAGGGACUACAGGAGGCAAAAAAAAAAAAAAAAAGAAGAAGAAAGAUUGUUUUAUAACGAUACUCCCUGAGUCCUACUUGAUCAAAGGUACCAAUUACAACCAGGCCAGGUCACUCUUGGCCCUCCCAUUUCUUUUCUCAAAUGGUUGGUUUGGGAUGGGUGCGUGCCUCAGUUCUGGCCAACUGAGGCUCAAAGAGAAGCCUGCUGGAGGGCUUCUGAGAAGUCCUGGCCCUUGCAGAGCCUUUCUGCUUUGGUCAUGAUUGCACCAGGCCAGGAUGCUUGGAGCUGCAGCAGCCAUUCUGCAACCAAGAAGAGAGGCACAGAAGGUAGAGGGGAAAGAUGAAAAGAUGCCUGGGUCCCUCACAACCGCAUCACGCCACUGAACCAAUCCUGGAGCCCCCCACUUCUGACUUCUUAAGUGAACUAAUACCUUUUAUAAAGCUUACGCCGUUAUUAGUUGGGCACUCUGAUAUUCCAGCAACUAAAUACAUUCUAAUGGACAUGACGUUCAAAGGGGAAGAGUCUUGUGUGUGUGUGUGUGUAUAUAUAUAUAUAUAUAUAUCAAGUCUUGUUAUAUAUAUAUUCCCACUUGGGUGGCCCUUACCUACCACCUUAUUGGGUAUUUCUUCUUGUAACUUAUCUCUAUUGCUCAACUAAAAUGAAUACAGCCUUUCUGUGUUAUACCUGGUUAUUACAAGUUAAUGAGCUAUACGUACUAUUAAUUUGCACAUUAAAAUAAAAAAAGUACAAAAAUUAUAGCUUUAGGGGCGUCUGGGUGGCUCAGUCAGUUAAGCAUCAAGUCUUGAUCUCAGCGUCGUGAGUUCAAGCCCAUGCUGGUCGUGGAGCCUACGUUUAAAAAAAAAUUAUAGCUUUACUUUUGACAAUUGAUCUCAUUUUGUUCUCCAGAUUUCUGUGAGUGGCAGGAAAUAAUGCUUGUGCUAGCCAAUAAAAUGCAGCUCAUUCUCUUCUGGUUUUAAGCAGUUUCUUUUGGACACAGCUCCAGUCAGGCUUGAAUUCAGACUCACUAUCAGUACAAUUUCUCUCCUUUCAAGGGGUCUUCCAAGAUGGCAUCUGAGAGCAGGAAGCAUGCUUCUGUUCCUGGUGUAGUGGGAUUACCUGCUCUUGUGUUUUCACUGUAGACCCUAUUACUACUUUGUGAUCCAUUUCCAAUGUGGCUUUAUGCUGCUAUUGUUUGUUAUGACAACCCAACUUUUUAUGAAGUUCCCACAAAACCCAAAAUACCCUUGAGAAGAGUGAAUGGGAAAAACAACAACAACACAACAACAGUGAAUGAACACCCUAAGGAUGACAAAGGGCUUCUGGGUAGAUCGAAGUGGGAGAGGCAGGAUGAGGUGAAUGACCAGACCAGAGGAACACUGUUUUGUGCUUCUUGGUAGGAUGCUCCCUAAAAGCCACAGCAUAGGCUCAGUGGUUUGGAUGGGCCUGGCCAGGGACAUUAAAUCUUAGGUAGUGACUCAAGAAGGUUGUUCCUGGUGCCAGUGACCAGGGGUGGUCCCCACAGUGGCUUUUCCACUGGAUUCCUGUGGUGUGAUCUUGGCUGUGUUCACAAUCCUUCUAUAGUUCCUGUCCAGCUGCCAAGGCUUCUGGCCAUUCUGCGAGCUCCCACUAUUCUUUCUCUUUAAAUUAGCCAGAGUGAGCUUUAGGAUUUUGCCAUCCAGAGCCACAGUGACUCUAAGCUCUCUUAGUAAAUGUAAGGAGAAUGGGUUUCCUGGGAGACAAUUCUCCAUGGGCCUUUUGCAUUUCUGCUUGUCUCACAAAUAGAGGCACCGACUUUUCAAGGGUGUUCAAUAGAGUGAACAACCUUGGAGGAUAGUGAUUGCAUCUCUUUCUGGAGCAAAGAGCAGGUUUGUUUGCUGCCCAUUAUAAAAUAUUUGUGCUCCUAAGCUCAGAGCUUCUCUGGUAAUGCAAACCCCCGCAUGUGCAGGCAUUCACGGGCCCAUCCCUGUGGCACCCAGGGGACAAGGGACAGGCUGUGCUGACAGGAAGAGACUGCUGCUUCUGUACCAUGAGGAAUCCAGGCCUUUGUCUCUGGCCCAGGAGUCUCAGGUUUUUUGGCACACCCAUGACGCCCCGGCAAGCGAGCUGGCUAGCAUGCAAGAGUAAAGCUUCAGAGCCUUCCCGGUUCUUGGCAGGGUGGCCCCCACGGGACUAGGAGAUUCCCAAGAGCUGUUUCCCGACAUCCUACCUACUCACCUCCACUAAACUGGGAGAUGCCUGAGGAAGAAACCCUACUCCUCAGACUUGGAUGGAAACCAAGACAUUUCUCCCCGUCAGACUGAGGCUCUCCAGAGCUGGGUUUGCAUCCUCUGACCCCUCUGCUUACUCCUGUCUCUGCCAACACAGGCCACUCUGAAGGCCCGGAGAAUAAGGAGUAUGUCAAGUAUCCCCUCCCCCAGCCCCAAUUCUUACGCACACAUACAUGACAUUCGGGAGCUACACCCGGCUCUUGCCUGGGCCCUGCUUUCUACUGGACUUGGAGGCAUUUCCUAGGCUCCUUGGAGCGAAGGCAAUGAGCUGGAAGUGGAGUGGGAAGCCAGGGUGAGGAAGGAGAGAGAGAAGACAGAAAGGGGAGGAGAGGACAUAAUGAUACAAGUAAACAUAACGCUUGGAGUGCUUUCUGUAAGCCAGGUAAAGUCUGGUACUGUGUGACUAUCUCUAAUUUACAGAUGAAGAGACUGAGGGUCAGACAACAUGCUGAAGGUCACGUAGCUCUUACGUUUAUGUGGCAGAGCGGGGAUUUGAACCCAGUCUACUGGCGGCCAAAGCCGCCCCCUUCUCCCCUUUAAUGCCUUGCCAAGAGGGAAGGUGGAGGGACACCUGGUUUUAAGUGCUCUUGCAGGCUCUAGAAAAGGCAGCUAUUCCUGGGUGGAACCCUAAGGGCAGGUGAAGUUCUAGCCUCACCCCUUGUGAUCCAACAGGGGCCCUAGAGAUCAGACAAAGUUCUAUGCGUUCUGGGAACUCUGUCUCAUCCCAGUCCCUGAUCAGGGGAAGAGGGCAGCACAGCCUUGGGAAGAAUGGAUAAGCAUGGAGUGAAGACCCACUUGUGGAAGAAGGAGCCAGCGGAGCCGCCGGCCAGCGAGGCGGAGGCGGCCGCAGAGGAGGGGUCGGAGGAAGAGGAGGACGAGGAGGACGAGGAGGUGGCGGCGGCGGCGAGGCCGCGGGAGCAGAGCGGGGCGGAGGGCGAGGCGCCCAGCCGGGAGGCGGAGCGCGGCGAGGGCCCCGAGCGGGGCUCCGUGUCCUACUGCCCGCUGCGCCAGGAGUCCAGCACCCAGCAGGUGGCGCUGCUGCGGCGCGCGGACAGCGGCUUCUGGGGCUGGCUCGGCCCGUUCGCGCUGCUCGGCGGCCUGGCGGCCCCCGCGGACAGGAAGCGGAGCCUCCCGGAGCCGCCGUGCGUGCUGGAGACGCGGCGCCGGCCGCCGCGCGCUGGGGGCUGCGCGCGCUGCGAGAUCCUUUACUGCAAGAAGUGCAGGAACCUGCACAGCCACCCGGCCUACGUGGCGCACUGCCUUCUGGAGCACUCAGAUCUGCGGAAGGCGCGGGCUCCGGGGGGCGCGGGGCCCCCCGGGUGCCCCUGAGCGCCCCCGCCGCCAGCCUUUGUGCCCUCCGUCCUCGCCUGACCCCAGCCUCCCCACCACCUCCUCCAGAAGUGCCCCUUCCCAGAGCGCCUCCUCCAAGCCCGCAAGCCGGCCCACGGUCGCCGUGGGCCUUCCCACCCGUCACCCAGCGCCCACGCAAGGCUGAGCCCAAUAUCACCUGGGGCUCCAUGCCUCCAUGAGCGCCUCCCGAGGGCUACCGUCCCGGCGGCACCCAAGUGCCUCCCGCCCACCGGACUCGCGCCCCCGGCACAGCCUCACAUUCGUCUCCGGGGUAGCUCAGGUCCUCUGGCCCAGUGCGCGGAGGCAUCGCCUAGAUAAACUCACCCCUGGGCUCCCUCGCGGCUGAGAAACCUGCCCCUGCCCCUCCAAUCACUCAAUAAAGCCUCUAAUCAAAAUAUCAGAGCCUUGAGGUGGGGGCCAGGUGGCUCCCUUGAGGGGGAUAAAGACCCUCCUUCGCCUUCCCCGGGGUUCACGUCAGAGGGAAAAGGGCAGGCGGAGGGCCGCCUCCUUCCAUCUCCCCCAGGACAGGGUGGAACAGAGCACUUGCAUCCAAGGUCAGUCAAAGGCCAUUCCCCUGAAAAUGAAGGCGAGGGUCAGGAAUGCCCCUGGGGAGCUGAGGGCUGACUCUUGCUAGAUCAUUCUCCCCUUCCCCUGGAAGCCAGGUCUUGCACUGUUUGUGCAAAUUAAGGCACUGGCAGGUGUGUGUGUGUGGGGGGGGGGGUGGGCGUGGGGGGGGGGAGGACAAGAGAACCAGAUGCUGAAAGGCUGAGACUGGCUGAGGCAGAAGAGAGAGAGGCUGGAGAGCUGGUUCCUUCCCCAGGAAUCCCAGCUAUUCUUGGCCAGCCAGCCAGCUCCUGGAACGCUGCGUGUGUGGCCUGAAGAAUGGGGCCAUUGUGAGCACCAGGCAGCCCCCAGC